UGCGCCUACUAGUGACGGCAAACGGAAGUGCAUGCAGGACGCAAGAUGGACGCAAACUUCUAACUUUCUGUUUCUUUUUCGUUUCGCUUUUGCUCGCGCGAGCUACUCUCUUCUAGAUAGCGCGGCGUCCCUCGUGUAGACAGCACGCGCUGUCGAAAGAAUUCGAAUUCCGUUCAAAACAGCCCUUCAGACCAAAUCGCUGGCAGCCGUUCGUUUUCACAGCCCAACCUUUGCUGUCUUUAUGUGGAUUCGCUUCCUGGUUGCAACACACAGUCACACAGUACAAUUCAAGUCCUUCAAAACGCAGUUCAGCUUGAGAGACCAAUCGUCGAGCAUAAAAAUUGCCCUUACAGCUUUAAAUAAACAUUUCAUUACUAUUUUACGGGAAAGGCAGCAUAUUUUUAUUCGUUUAAGUGGAAUGUCGUGAGCCGUCGAAGAUUAGAAAUAUCUAAUAUCUCGAGUGCAAAGCGAAAUCCUGGGAUCUAUGCCUCGUCUUCAUGGAGAAUGAGACUAACUCGAUCAACAGAAGGUCUUCUGGAGCCUGUGCAUCCAGGCUCAGCAACCUUUAAUGAGAGUAUUCUAGCUCCACUUCGUAACAACUAUUUGUAUGAGGAAUCAGAAGAAUGUUUCACGUACAACUCUGCCCAUUUGAUCAACAAUGGCGCUUUACAAAAACGGUAUGCUGCCUUUUGUUCCGAAAAACGGGAAAAGGGAUAUUCUGAACAGGAACUUGAAGAGUCAUUUGGCUUCCUGUUGCUUGAUGAUGCAAACAGGGCAAGGAAAAUUGGCGAAACAGGCUUGUUAGUUGGACAAGCAAAAUGCACUACCCUUGGAGACUCCUUGAAAGGUGUCUAUAUCUCAAAAUACUCAGACUGCCUUGACCUGAAGCGCUGGUAUGAUGGCAAGACUGGCUACAUAGUCAUUUUGAAGCUGACCAAGGGGAGAGUGAAAGAGGUUACAGACAACUACACCCAGAAUUUCACUCCUCCGACAGCUGGCUACAACUGCCACAUAUCAGAUCAGCUUGGUGCUGUGUCUUCAACUACUAGUUCUUUCUUGGCCUAUGAGCGAACACAGUACUACAUGUAUGAACUCCGCGAUGAAAGCAAUGACAUAGAAACAUGUCCAAGACAUGCUUGUCCAUUUGCCAUUGUGGCAUUCUCAUAUGGGAAGAUGAGCACCACGCCAGAGUUGGAGCAAAAAAGCCAAGACAAAACAGUGUUUCAUUACCAACCAUGGAUUGGCCAAUUCAAGAUUGAAUCUGCUGUCUAUGAUGUUGGUUUUCAGUCUUCGAGCGGAGCCUGGUUCCCAGCAAAGCUCCCAAAGACAGUUCAAAUUGACCAUGCAAUUGGUGUGUCUGAACUGAAGAGGACCUUGCCACGCGAAAUCUUUGAAACUUGCAUUGUGGGUGAAGUUUGCAUAGAUGACAGAUGUUUCAACUUGUAUGACGUUGUCUCCUCUAAGGCGAAAAAUGACCUGGCUCAGAUAGCCCAAGAGCUGAAGGAAAAAGACAUGGCUCUUGUUAUCCCACUGGAAGAUUCUGGGUUCCUUAUACUGUUACACUCUUCACACCUCUUCUCUUAUGAAGAUGCAAAGUCGGGUAAGGCAGCAGCACUUCAAGGCAUGUUUAUUUUCCCAGACUCAAGAACUGUGCCAAGAGAUGCCAAAUCUGACCUGCAAAAUUCUAAGGUAUCAACAGAAAUAAUGCAAGUAAUCCCAGCACUCAACUAUGCAGAAAUGGAGAUGGAAAAAUGUCCUCCAAACCAGCAGGGGCGCUCUCAGAUGUCUUUAGAGAAGCAUUUGCAAGACUAUGGGACUCUUUUUCACCCAGGGCUAUUGGACGUUCCCACCAGGGAAGCCAGUAUGUUUCCAGAUCAAUAUGAUGUGCCUGGUGGUUUUACCCUAAUAUCGCCUAAAUGGUCACAGGAGGCUGGUACUCAAUUAAAAUCCUAUUUUGAUGAGCCUUGUGGCUUUACGAUUCCAGUAGGGAGGGCGCUGGAGUUACUCACUGCUGGUCGACAACAGCGUGGUGAUGAUCACGAUGAUGAUGUCUAUUACUGCAUAUCAUCACCUGAGGAGGUGCCACAGACUGAUGCCCCUAUUGAAAUGGAGGUGACAAAGCAAUCUGAGGCCAUUAGUGAUGUCUCUGACAGGACAGCUGAAACAGUUGAGAGACAAAAAGAUGAGCAAAAGCAUUUGUCCACAGAGCAGCCUCAACCUGCUUUGCCAGAGGGGCUUGGAAAGCUGGGAGCAGCUGUAGUUACAGUAGCUGAUAGUGUGUUGGAAUAUCCAACUUCCACAGUGUCACCCAAAUUGGGUGAUGUCCCUGCAGAGAAUUGUGUAAGUAUUGAGACUGAUGUUGAGAAAAAAUCUCAAGGUAGUACUAAAGGAGAUGCUGAUGGAGUCAGUGUAGAUUUAUCUACACAAGAGACUCCCAUCCAAACUAGCAGUACACCAUUAAUCAAAUCAGCAGAAGAAGGUGCUACUGCUGUAAGUGGGGGGAUGGAGGAUAAUACACAUCCUGAGAAAACAAUGCCUGAUCCUGAUAAGAAAGUAAAUCGGAGGUCCUUUUCAAGGCGUAAAGGUAGGAAGCGCAGAACUCAUUGGAAAACCAUGCAGAUUAAAAAAGUUCAAAAAAAGAUUGCUUUACCAACUUCAAGUUUGCCUGUCGUUUUGCCAGUGAAUUCUCCCGAUGACCCUACGAAAGACCAGAUUAAGACUGAAACCGUGCAUGUUGAUGACAUCAGUCAAAGACCCCAUUCAACUCGUAGGGGCAAGGGAUGCAGGCGAAAUCUGAGUGAAGCCAGACAAACACAAGACCCUUUAUUAAGUGUGAUAACUAAAACUAUAGAUGAUCAAAGUAUAAAAAAUGAGACAAGUCCUUCAAAAAGAGAAUGGCGGUCUCUUCCAAGGCGUAAAAGAUUGUGGAAUGCAGAUGCCAAUCUGAAACGUUCUUUGAGAUCAGAUGCUGUAAAGAACCAUGAGGAAACUACAAUGAAUGUACAGCACAAUGAAACAAAACGAUGUUUGUCUAGCUCGCACAAGAGGAAGAUGGAGGGAUUUAGUUUGAGGGAACGAUAUGGUUUAAAGACCAUAAUCACAAACUGUGGUAGAGUCUUUGUUCCGCAUGGUUCAGUUGUUUACGUAGAGUCUGCAAAAAAGGAGAAAAUGCAUGUUGAGACGAGCAUUGACACAAAUGCAGAAAUGAUUUCUCCUGUGGAGAACAAAUCCAAAGAAAUAGUGGAAAGUAAGGGAGAAUCUCCCUCGAUGGGUAAAGAAGAAUUGCCCUCAAAAGAUCCACUGGUCAAUGACAAUGAAGACUCAGACAGCCCUUCAAAAGACAUGCCAAGUGCUCUCUUGUCAGCAUUAAGGAUAUUGAGAAAACUUAACAAAACCCAUUCAUUAGAAAGUGACAAAAGUCAGGAUUUAUGUCCAGAAAAGUCCAUGAAUGUGGCAUCAGACAUGGCUGUAGGUGUCCAACAAAAUAACAAAGAUCAUCCUGUUGCUGUUCAAGCAGAUGCAACUUCCAAUAUUCCCAGAGUUUCUGACCAGUCCACUCAUUCGGACCAAAAAGUAUCAUCUCCUGACAAAAUCAAAAAGAAAGCAAAACAUGAUGUGUACAGUGCAAUAUCUAUAAGCAAAUUAAAGACAGUGCUCAGAAGGGGAAAGAGGAUGAAAUCUCCUUCGCCUGGAGGCAGUGCAAAAUCUGAACCAGAUAACACAGAGCCAGAGUCGAAAAAAGGAAAGUUGGGUGCCAUCAUGGAUCUGAAGUGUGAUACUGCCAAAAAUGAGUUGAAAGACAAAGGAUUACAACCCAUGAAUGAUGAGGCACUGCAUACGCCAAUGAAAAGUGUGGAGUUAACAAAACAACCUGUGUCUUGGAGAGGUCUUAUUCACAAGGCAUCAAAAGAAAAUGGGUCCCUCAAUUUUGACACAUCAGCACCUUUUGAAAUAGCAAAGCACACUGACCAGCAGCUCAUAUCUUCGCUUAUUGGGGAUAGGGUGGGAAGGAGAAGAAUUAGCACUGAUGGCAAAGCCAGUGCAGAGAGACUGAGCACGGGUGCAUCUCUGCCCCCAGAUGCUUUGAGUUUACUGGCUGACUUGGCUCUUGGUGCAAGUAAUGAUAAAAUGUUAACGAACUUAGAAGCCAAGGCUGGCCAGGAGGCCCUUGAUGGAGUGAAUGCUAGCGGCCCCCCGGAGUCACUUCUUAAUGCCCUUCUUCGUUAUCCAUCAGCCAGAUUUAAAUUACCCCCCCGGUCUCCUUUCCCAGAAGGUCUUUUAGUGACUGGGGAACUGAUUUUGGAAAUAUCAAAAGAACAUUCUUACUCACAGACCACCUCUCCGCUGUCAGGUUUGUCAGGUCCAUCUCCCAAGGUUUCUUUUCCAUCUGAAAGUGUAGAAUCACCUCUGUCAUUGAAAACUGGGCUUCAUCUGAACCUACCCAAAGAUGCUGUGGCCUCUUGUCACCAAGAGGAAGGGGGCAAAGCAGAAUGGAAGCAUUUGAUUACUCCAAAUAAGCCAUUGUCGGAGAUCCUAAAGACGAAACCGCGGAGAUCCAGAAUUUUACGCAACAGAAGCAUAAUCGAAAAGGAGGGAAUGAUUCAAGUGACGAGGAUUUGGAAAGAGCCAUAUGAUUUUAAAUUUGACAGCAAGUUAACCAAUGAAAGUAAAGACAAAACUGUCACACGAGCACUUCAUGGGACAUGGAACUUCAACAUUGAAGACACCUAUGAGGAUGUCCAUCUCAUUUUUCACAUGUGGAUUGGUCUUUUCUAUAGUAAAGCCACCUCCAGGUUAUUUCAUCUUGAAAACAGUACCGCGCUUCCAAAGGAGAAGGAGGUUGAAAUUGUUCAUUUGGACAUAAACGCUAUUCAGAAUGCCGUGUCAUUGCUCAAUGUUGAUUUGAGCCAGAAAGCGGACUCGGCCAAGCCUGUGCAUGUUUCAUCAGAGGUUUUGGAUCUUUCUGUGAAAAAUGAUGAGCCUGUGAAUCUUCGUUCAGUCUCAAAUCAGUGCAAAAGCAAAGACACUGCAUCACAACCUGGUGAAAUAUCAUCUCAUAAGCAUGAAAUGGCACCAAGGCAUUCACCUUCUGGGACAAGUCUCUCCUCCAGUCCGAAAGUUACAGCAUUGAUGAAUUAUAGAUCUGCUGUGGAUGUACCAGUGGAAAGUUCAGUGCCUGACAGUGACAAUGGCACUGAUGAUGAAAAUGACAUCACCACUGACUGCUCAUAUUCACAGCACUUGAAGAAAAACAGUGCGUACAACUAUUUGUGUGAGCAAGCAUCAAAUAUGAUAAUAGGUGUUCGGAUACUUAAACCAAAGGUCAGAAAUGUUGCAAAUACUAAAGCAUCCACCAGCGUGAACACUUCUGGUCCCCCCAAAAUUGGUGUUUUCCAUCAAAUACUUAGUCCCAUAAAACCAUCAGCAUUCUCAAAACCACACCAUCUGGUUUUGGGUAGGAAAAGUUUUGAUCUGGGUUUAAAGAAUGAAACUGGGCAUGUGCCGCAUGUAAAUCUGCAAAAGGAGAAUAUGCCUGACAGUGCAGGCAAUAAAGAGAUUUUUGAAUCAAAGAAAGAAAGAAAGAAAGAUGGGUGCCCAGAAGCUGUGGUUGAUGAAAAUGUUGACAAGACUUUAGAACUUAAAACUGGAGCAUCUGUUUUGUUGGAGGAAGAGAGUGUAUAUGUGGCUGAAGAGAGUAAAGUUCUCUCAAAUGAAGAUAGCCAGCAUGGAUGUCUGACAAUUAUGGAAGAUGGAAAUGUUGAAGAAAACAUAACUUCUGAAAUGCCUAGCCAAGAUCAGACUAGUAUUGUAGAGCAUAAAGAGACUGCUCAUGCAAAGGAAAAUCUUAAACCUUUACUAGAUCUGAAAGAUCAUGCAAACAUGGUUGAUGAGCUGAGAGAUGCUGCAUCACAUGAGACUAAUGUUGAAGAGCAUAAUGAGAUGUCAAAUGCAAUGGAAGAACCGAAACCUUUACUAGAUGACACAAAUCUAGUUGACCAUGUUGAUGAGCUAAGUGAUAUUUCAUCAGAUGAGAGGAGAGUUGAAGAGCAUAAAGAGACUGCUCAUGCAAAGGAAAAUCUUAAACAUUUACUAGAUCUGAAAGAUCAUGCAAACAUGGUUGAUGAGCUGAGAGAUGCUGCAUCACAUGAGACUAAUGUUGAAGAGCAUAAUGAGAUGUCAAAUGCAAUGGAAGAACCGAAACCUUUACUAGAUGACACAAAUCUAGUUGACCAUGUUGAUGAGCUAAGUGAUAUUUCAUCAGAUGAGAGGAGAGUUGAAGAGCAUAAUGAGACUUCUAAUGCAAAUGAAGAACUUAAGCCUGUGCAUGAUCUGAAAGAUCAUGCAAAUAUGGCUGAUGAGCUAAAAGAUGCUUUGUCAGAAGAGACUAACAUUGAAGAGUGUAAUGAGUUUUCUAAUGCAAAAGAAGAGCUUGAUCUGAAAGAUCAAUCAAAUGCGGUUGAUGCAUCAUCCCAUGAGAUUGAAGGUAAUGACACUAAAGAGCCUGUGGAAGAGAAAGAAGGUCAUACAGGUAAGGAAAUGAUGCAAGAAAUUGAGAUUAAGUCGCAAAAGGAAGAGGCAAACCUGGAUGGCAGUGAUACUGAAUGUGAGACGUCCACAGCAAUGGAGGAACAUCUAGAUGAGUUUGCUUUGGGUCUGCAGGAUGAUAUAAACAGUGUUAAUAUGGAAUUCAGUGACGAAGAUUCUGAAACCAAGGUACAGAUGGAAGUUUAUGUUCAGAACAGCUCCUCUGACAAAUCAUAUGCCUUCAUCGAUGAUGACCAUGACAUGAAGAUGCAAAAGAGUGAAAAACAACCUCAGACACAAGAGGAGGCAAACCUUGAAGAUGAUGCCCUUGAAGAAUUUAGCAAAGAUUCAUGCCAGGGUGAAGAUCAGCUCUUGUCUGUUCAAGAGAAACACACCCCAGCUGCUAAUAAUGAUACUCCUGAAGUAAUGCAUGAUGAUAGUGAAACCAAGACUAUUGAGCAGAGUAUAGUGGUCCAACAAGAAGCUCUUGACGUUUGUCAGGAUGAGUCAAAACCAACAAGUACUGCUGAACCCACCAAAAUAGAUAUGAGUCAUUCAGAAAAAGAUGAUGAAAGAGAUUUAGGCCAGCAAGAUGCAUCUGAAUUAACUGGUGAGGAUGGCACACUCGUUGAAGAGAAUGAAACACAAAGUCAAGGUUCUUUUGAAGAUCAGAUCAUAGAAACAUACCAAGAAUGCCUGUCCCCCAAAAUUUGUGCAUUGCCCCCCAAUACCACAACUGACUCUCGUAAUGAAGCAGUUGCUCAUCAAGCUUUGACAAUCAACAAACGCUCAGAAGUGGAGGUAAACAGUAUGUGCUCUACUCCCACUCAAGAUGAAAUUUCAUGUUAUCCUGAAGUAAACGAAGGAUUCAGGGAAGAGGAUAUGAAUAGGGACCUGUACUAUCCAGACAACACUGAUCACUCUGAUAUGUUACCACCUAAAAGUCCUGUAAGCCCUCACCCCCAUGUUUCUACCAUAACACCAUUAUCUGACUUUACAGGACAUUAUGAAGAAAUCCACAAUGACAACCUAAGGUGGAAGAGAAGCAAAUACCCUGGCACAAUGGAUUUUAAAGAUAAAUAUGCAUUAACUUCUGAGCAUUCGCCCAGUGAGGACCCUUUUCCGUUAAGGCACAAACUCUAUCCCACCUCUCAACAAAAAGAUGAUGAGACCUGUAACUUCAUAGAGGGUGCAUCUCAAAAUGAUUCUGAACUCUAUUACAGAGACGAUUUGUAUGGAUAUUACUACAGAUCUGAUGAAGAUAUACCGUGGCAGGAAUACCAAACACAGGAAUCCAUUGAUCACCAAUCGUACCCAUGUGAAAACAACUCUGGUGGAGACAAUGAUCCACCCAGUUGUUCUAAGUAUAUCACAUCUGAACGUGAGUAUUCCUACAAGCACAAAAAGCGUGCAAAGAAAGAGACCGAUGACUAUUGUUGGGCAGAAGAGAAUUAUAAAUCGGACCCUCUAUCUUUCAAAUACCCAAUAAAGGUUACUUGUACUGCAGACUAUGAAACGGAAAUAAACCGAAGUUCAAAAAAGAAGUCUAAAAAAAGCAAAUUCCCAGGUGCCUUCCAUCAAAAUGCUGAGUGGGAUGACGAAGACUCUUCCGACAGCAUCCAUAAAACGUCAUCCUUUGAAACGUAUCAAACAAAGCUACCUAGGUCGGUCACAGUUAGUUCCCUUCCACAUGUUAAGCCAAGCAAGCAGCGGUUUGAUUGGCACAGGUAUUUCAGAAGGGAGGCGACUUGCAGUCAGCCAUUAGAUGCGAGUGAGAGGGAUAACAAAUUUGACAUUCCACCCUCAUCCAUUGUCACCAUUUUGGACAGGCAAGGAAACCGUGUUAUAUUCAAUAACUCUCCCAACAUGAAACCAUCUUUUGAUGGAAGUAAUUUGACUAAAGGACUUAAAGACUCUUUUAAUGACUGGCAAGAACAACAAAGUAAGGCUGACGUGACCCGGUCUGCACUUGAUCUCGAGUACCUCGUCUUCUCUGGAAAUAUUGAUCGGGUUCUCAAAGAAACUAAGAGCUCUGCCAGUACCACAUCCCGUUGUAGGUCAAAUCCUGACCUGGCUACAUGUCCCAUGACUGUUCGGUUUUCAAAUCUCAGUGAAGUAGAGAGUUCCGCUGAACUUGGUAAAGCACAGCCAUCACUUACCGAUUUUAAGAUUAAAGUGGACAUGUCCGACAGGAAAGAGAUGAGGGAAAAAGUGAGAAACCAUAAACAUCUCCAAAGACCUUUCUGUGAAAAAGGCAAUGACGUUAAGUUCUCUGGGAUAUCAGAAAUAACAGACCAGUGCGCUGUUGCAUACAAGUCCAUGAUGAACGAUGUCUGCAGCGGGAAGACUCUCCCUCGUCCAGCUGAGGCAAGAAAGAGGAAGUUUGAUCGAGAGAGUGUUAGGCAUUAUCCUAGAUACUGUGGGCGCAUCAAGAAAAACGUUUUUGACAAUCCUCAUGACAAUCUAAAGUCUACUGUGAGGCAAGUGUCUAAGAUUAAGUACAGGUUCUAUAUCCUUGUCACAUCAACAGAUACCUUCUUUAAAGAAACCAAGAACCUUUUGGAGAUUGAGGGCCACAUACCGGUUGAGCCAGAUGAGUUUGAACUCAAUGGUGACGAUCAGUCCCCUCUGCUCAUUAUACUGAGGAAUGAGGACAUUGCAGAGCACAUAUGUGAGGUACCUUGUUUGCUGGAAUUGAAAUCGUCGCCCAGUGUCCUGUUUGCUGGCAUCGACCGACCCGAUGACGUAGUGAACCUAACUCACCAAGAGCUUUUUGCUAAGGGAGGCUUUAUAGUAUGUGACGAAUUGGCUCUCGACACACUUACUCUAGACGACAUGAAAAAAGUUGUUGGGAUCCUGGAGGAGUUAGACAAGCAAGGGAAAUGGAAAUGGUUUCUGCACUACAGAGACAGUCGCAGACUUCGGGAAAAUGCAAGGUCCAGUCCUGAGGGAAGUAGGAAGCAGCAGUUUAUUGAUUGCUGUCAGAAAGCUGGCAAAAUCGAGGUCUUGCCCUAUCAUGACUGUGAUGUCAUGUCACAGAACCGACCCGACUACCUCUUCUGUUUGACUCGACUCCAGAUCCAAAACGCCUCUGUUCGCUUUCCUGUGUUUAUUACAGACACGCCAACUGAAUCUUUUGGAACAAAUGGAAUUUUAACAAUGAACACUUACACAUUCUCACGGAUUCUUUUAAAUGAUACUUGUUCUGUCUCAUAAAUGUUUUUUUUUUUUUUUUUUUUAAUUCAAAAUCCAAUAUCUUACCAUUGGUAAGUACACCAUUGUUCAUAGAAAUAAUUUAUUGUUUAUCGUAAAUGUUAAAGCAUAUAUCUUUGUUACUCAUAAGUGCUUACAAUUUAUAAGCUUUCCGCUGAGAGCUUUAAAAUUUAUAAUACAAUGAA